GUUCAUUACCAACAAUGCCUCGACAAUGAACGGACAUUCCAAUGGGCAUGCCAAUGGCAACGGCAAGCUCCAUCAGCUGCCCAACGACAUGUUCCACGUGAUCCGAUCGACAGGCACCGCAGCUCGUUUAGGACGGCUUGCAUUGCCCGGCCGCAGGAUAUUGGAUACACCACAUUACCUCGCUAACACCAGCCGCGGCGUUGUACCGCAUAUCACCCAGGACACCUUCGUCCGUGACACCAACAUCAGCGGGCUGUACAUCGCCCUCGAAGACUUCAUCGAGAGGGCUCCCAAAGAUGUCCCUCCCCUGUAUCGCUUCCAGCAUCCUGGCGGCGGAUCCCCGCUGAGGAAAUUCAUCGCUGCUCCAGACGACGCUGUACUCGUCUUGGGUGCCAGACGGACCUCGCCGGUUCCAGCACCCGAAGCCACGUCGAAUACCAACAAAACCGUCUCGAUCUGUACUGCAGUGGGCUUCAGGGCACUCAAAUCAGAGGAGUAUGCGGAAAAGGCGGAAAGUUUGCAGGCGGACAUACUGGUUGGUCUAGGCGACAUUCCAUACGAACGAGCACUGGGCAACAAGAGGAUCGAGAAGGCUACCGAUCGGAAUAUCGCAUGGCUUGAAGAGCAAGUCUUCUUGCGGCGAUCGGAAGAGAAGGCCGCCAGAGCACAUCUGUUUGCAUCGCUACUGCCCGUCUCGUGCGCCAAGCAGCAGUACUACAUCGAGGAGCUCACAGGCCAGUUUGCAGACCACAUAUCAGGUCUGGCAGUUUAUGAUCUGGACUCGUUGGAAGAUCUCCCGGCCGAGCUCGGCCAGCUUCCGCGCUUGAGCUUCGCAGCUCCCAAGACACCGCGAGACAUCCUCUACCAGAUACAACGCGGGUUAGAUGUCAUGGUAGUGCCUUUUGUCGGCGCUGCGACCGAUGCGGGCAUUGCUUUGGACUUUACUUUCGGCCCCUCGUCCGACACGACUACGAACGGAGACGGCGCGCAUUUCAAUGGGCAUGAGUCCUCCGAGUUGCUCCCACUUGGCAUCGAUAUGUGGUCAGAAGAUCACGCCGUCGAUCUAUCUCCACUUGCGAAGAGCUGCCAGUGCUAUGCUUGCACGACCCACCACCGCGCGUAUUUGCAACACUUACUCUCGGCGAAAGAAAUGCUUGGCUGGGUUCUGCUGCAGAUCCAUAACCAUCACAUCAUGGACCUGUUCUUCGCGAGUAUUCGGCAAAGGCUCGCAAAUGGCACUUUUGAAGCCGAUGUCAUGCGCUUCGAGCAAAAGUACGAGAGUCUGUUGCCCGCAAAGACCGGACAAGGUCCAAGAAUCCGAGGCUACCAGUUCAAGUCCCAAGGUCCUGGCGAAGAGAAGAGGAAUCCCAAAACCCACACGCCUUUCAAGAUGCUGAACGAUGGCAAAGAGAAGCUCGCUGAAGCUACUUUGCCAGACCCGAACGCCAACGCGGAUGACCUACAAGCGCAAGGUUUCGCCCAAAAGGAGAGCUAGAAACUCCCCGCGAUCGCGACACAACCCUCGUCAACAGCAUUGAGCUUCGAGAAGCACUCGUUUUCGGCGGUCCCAUGUGGGCUUCCCUCCGCCCGCGAGUCCCGGCCACCCAAGGGCAUGCCGCACAUAUUGCACCCAGCACACCCUCAGAUGUGGUGAACGAAUCGACACAUGAGGACGGCAAGUCUGGCACUUCCUGCGCCUGUACCAAAAGUCUGCUCAGAGAAGGCUACCUCAGGGCGGCUUAGACUCUUCAAUUCAUCAUUGGAUAGGCAUAACAGGACUAGACCAUGCAUAUUAUGCAUAAUGAAACAGCAUUUAUGACAAUAUCAUGAUCUAUACAGCUUGCCAUCUGUUUACCUCUUCCCUACCCAUGUUCGUAUCGUGUUGAUUCACUCAUUUGUCGUUCCUACUCGCGCCGCGCGGAACUUCUCUUUGUCCUCUGUUUCGUUGGAUGCCUGCACACAAAGAACAUAAUAGAGUCUAGAGGGUAGGGACGAGGGAAGGCAUGGAAAUUUGAACGAUGACGAGAAACAACACGACAGGCACAGUAUGUGGAUUGUACAACGGAGAGUAAAGAUCAACGUGUGCAAAGUGAAUUCCAAGCUUGAUGUUAUUACGUAUUAGUCUUACAUGCAAAAGCCGUCUAGCCAGCCAUGCUCAGAA